UGGAGUACGGAGAAGGUUUAAUGGGAAAUGGUUGGCAUUCUUUCUUGGUAAAGGCAUGGAGAAAGGAGAGAGAGACAGGAGAGAGGGAGAGGGGGAGGCGGGGGGGAGAGAGAGAGAGAGAGAGAGGCGCAAAAAGCAGCAAGACAAAGGCAGAGAUAAGCGAGGCUUCGCAGCAGCCUUGCCUGGAGAACUUGACACUUGCCAGACCCCAGCCAGCAUGGUUGUCCUGAAUCCAGUGACUUUGGGAAUUUAUCUUCAGCUUUCCUUCCGCUGUAUCAUGUCUCAGCCCGCUUUCAUCAACAGCGUCCUCCCCAUUUCAGCAGCUCUUCCCGGCCUGGAUCAGAAGAAGCGUGGUGGCCACAGAGCAUGCUGCCUCCUGACGCCCCCUCCUCCACCACUCUUCCCACCACCUUUCUUCAGAGGGGGCCGAAGUCUGCUUCUCUCCCCAGACAUGAAGAAUCUUAUCCUGGAACUGGAGACUAUGCCGUCCUCAUGCGCACAAGGAUCGCUCGGCUCCCCUGGGCCACCCGGCCCCCAGGGUCCACCGGGACUUCCUGGCAAGAUAGGACCAAAGGGAGAAAAGGGGGAGCUUGGCCUACCAGGAAGGAAGGGUAGACCCGGCUCCCCGGGUGUUCCUGGCAUGCCUGGGCCAGUCGGCCCUGAAGGACCCAGGGGUGAAAAAGGUGACCUGGGUAUGAUGGGUUUGCCAGGGUCAAGAGGACCAAUGGGCUCCAAGGGCUACCCUGGAUCCAGAGGGGAAAAGGGAUCCAGAGGUGAAAGAGGUGACUUGGGCCCCAAAGGAGAAAAGGGUUUCCCAGGAUUUCCUGGAAUGCUGGGGCAGAAAGGUGAAAUGGGUCCAAAGGGUGAGCCUGGGAUUACAGGACCCAGAGGACCCAGGGGAAGACCAGGAAAACGAGGAAAGCCGGGGCAGAAGGGAGAUAGUGGAGUAAUGGGCCCACCAGGCAAGCCUGGGCCUUCUGGUCAACCUGGCCGUCCAGGUCCCCCAGGCCCCCCGGGCCCCCCAUCCGCAGGACAACUUGUGAUGGGACCCAAAGGGGACCGAGGAUUUCCCGGGCCUCCAGGAAGCUGUCUUUGUGGAACCCCUACAAAUGUGAAUAACCCUUCCUACAGGGAAUCCGUCUUUGGGCCCAGUUCGCCUCAUGUUCCUGUGAUUUUUGUAGUCAACAACCAGGAGGAGCUUGAAAGGCUGAACACCCAAAACGCCAUUGCCUUCCGCAAAGACCAGAGAUCUCUGUACUUCAAGGACAGCCUUGGCUGGCUCCCCAUCCAGGUGACCCCUUUCUACCCUGUGGACUACACUGUAGACCACCGUGGCUCCUGUGGGGAUGGGGUCCUACAGCCCGGGGAGGAGUGUGACGAUGGAAACAACAAUGUUGACGAUGACUGCAUCAGCUGUCACCGGGCCUACUGUGGAGAUGGUCACCAGCACAAGGGCGUGGAGGACUGUGACGGCUCUGACUUUGGCUACCUGACGUGCGAGACCUAUCUUCCUGGGUCAUAUGGAGACCUGCAGUGCACCCCGUACUGCUACAUCGACUCCACAUCCUGCCGCUACUUCACCUGAGGGCCCGGAGGAAGAGGAGGAGGAGGAGGAGGGCUGUGUCCUACAUCACUGGCAGCAGCUCCUCCCCUCUGGGCAAACUGACUUCAUGCCAUCCCGGUCCAGUUUCCACCACCUUCGUGUGACAAAAACAAGGACAAACUCUUGAUGAUAAGACAUGCUUGUAACUCAGUCCAACUGGAAGAACUUAGGACUACUGCAUCCUGUCUUAAUCUGAAGUCCUGGAAAACCUUCCACGUGCCGACCUGGGAACUGUUCCCCAUUGCUACCAUCCUGCCCAAUAGCCAAACCUACAGUGCCCUUUCUCUUCUGGAAUGUUACUGAUCCAGACCAUGGACUUGGCUUAGAACUGUUAGCCCUGCCUAGACCUGCUGGGCCUUUCAAAUUUGUUCUUAUCCCACUUGGGGCAUCUGGUAUACAGGCCUCUGCGCUCCUCUGACCUCUGGAAACGUGGGCCUUCUCACCAAGGGCAGCUGGCUGUCAGGUGUCUCCAGGCCCAUGAGCCACGAAGUGGGGAGGUGGGCCUGUUCUCUCGGAAUGGCUCCUAGCUUGGACCCACUGAGGAACCCCUCAACCGGCUACAGCCCAGCACAGCCUCGUGUGGAUGCAGCUUCCCCAAGAAGAGACCCAACUGUGAAAACGUCCUGAGAAAGCCACCAAAACGGUGCUAUGGCCCUGGGAGAGGGUGGAGGCCCAGCUGGGGUGCUCAGCACAUGAACAAUAGUGGAGCAGCGGCCUUCUGCUUCUCAGUGUCUCCCAAAGGGGUAGCGCUUGUGGUUUCACUAUCCCCAGUGCCAUAUUGACCUCGUGGCUCUCUGCGCCCUUGACCUCUGUCUUGUGAAUGCCCCUUAUGUCCGUUUCUUGUUCAGGAGAUUGACUACCAGAGGGUGACCGCCAAAGUCUAUACCUGGCUUUUGGUGUUUCCAGUCCUUAGGAAAGCACGCCUCUGGGUUUCCCCCAUGGGAGGGCCUACGACUGAGUGCCUGUCCCAGGCAGAGACCAUUUCUGUCCUGAGCUCCAGCUCCUGGCUGCCUGCUGACUCCUGUGUGCAUCCUGAGACCUUCCCUCUGUGUCUCUGUAGUGCAUAGUCUUGCCCUUGUGUCUGUGUGCCUGAGCCCCCCACAAUUUUGCAGGCUCAUUUACCAGGCUUUUGGUAAGCUGCCUUGUACCAUCAACUUCCCUGAGUGGGGUUUAGCUUUGUUUUGGAAAGAUGUCUCCCCUACGGCAGACCUCAAAUGGGAUUUGUUUAUUUGUUACUAGAUGGAGGGACACCUUGGGGCUUUUGUACGAAGCUAUUUAGUGCGCCUGAGUCCUGGGGACUCAGUAGGCAGGGGCUUCUGGCCCAGCAGGCUGUCACUAGUGGUCUGCAGUAGAUGGGAUCAACCCCAGAGUGACGUCCUUAGAGGUGGGCACACUGGUCAGCCCAGUUCCCUUAGCCUCUACUGCACACCUUGGGGUGAUGUUGCCCCCAUGUAAAGCUACACCUUCAUGCUGGGAUCUCUGGAUGGGAAAUCAAGAAAUACAAGCAGUUCAUUUC